GUAGCAAUCUAUACACGUAUGGUGACGCACGUGGUAUUUCCUUUACAUAUUCAUUAGGUAUCGAAGAGGUUAUCUGAUUUUAUUUGAAUUACCGAAACCACUCAUCUCAGAGAAAUACGAAUCUGAAUACAGUUUAUAUAUUUAUAUUUAACUGGAUUCGUAGCAAUUAUGGGUGAUGCCACUUUCCUCGAAGUUGAUGACUCUAUUAAGGCUAAAAAUUUAUUGUUAUUCGAUAAAGAUAGGGAUACUUUAAAUCAGCAAAUGGACGAGAUGAUGAAACAAUUUGAUUCGCCGCCAUCUAUUCUUGUGCAGCCUAUUCCUGGCAUCUGCGUGAAAACCAGAACACUUAACAAAGAGAAAAUUUUUGUCAACAUAUGCACGUCCGAUAAAAUUCCACCACCAGAAGAUAUAUCUGAUACUAAACUACUCGAGCUUCUAAAUGAUCAAGUACCUGCUUAUACCAUACCAAUGAGUAUUGGUUUUGAACGAAUGGAAGCAGAUAAAUCUGGAACACCCAGUGCGACAUACGAUGUCAUGCUAAAUACAGCAUAUCUUAAAAAAUGUCAAGAAAAGAAACAUUUCAUGGCGUUUACGACAUUAGUUAUACUGAGUGGAGUGGCGGAUAAAUUUAACAAAGAGAUUGAUACAGAAAAUUAUGUUAUUCUUAAAAAUCGUACGGUAAUGGGAAAACUUCAACAACAUAGAGUAGAAAAUCGUAAACCCAAAAAGCCACAGAGUCAUAAGUCAUUGAUCGAGGAAAUUUCGCGUUCUACGAAACCUGUCGACAGCAAGAACGCUAAUCUACGAGAUAGCGACACAGCAAAAAUGGGUUAUGUAAUUUUAAGAAAACCAGCAAAAGGCCCAACUGAGCGUUUAAUCGCUUUAUUUGACAUGUCAAAAAGCAUUUCAGUCGAGGAUAUAGUAGUAUUGAUCAACUCUGAUCGCAUAAAUGUCACGGAUGAGAAAGCUUGUUGUUCGUACGACGUCUUAAUUCCAUAUACGUACACGCUCAAACCAGAUAACGCGAAAGCUUAUCUAGAUUACAAUAUUGGGGUGUUACGAAUAGAUAUGUUAAUAGAACAAAAAUAAAAUUAAUAUUAACAAA